UCAAACUUUGUGUUUAAUUUCGGCAUUUCAUAAAAAAAAAUUUACAGCUUAUCUAAAAUAAUCUAUGACCACUACAAAAAAUUAUGCAAAUGUAAGAAGUCCUUAACCCUAAUUAUUAGGAAUAAUUAUAAAUGCUUAAUGGACUUAGAUACUGCCUACAGGUUUUCUCUAAAAUACAUUGUUUUAGUGAAAAUAUAUAUUAAAAUCUUAUAUUAUGAAAAAUAUUUAAAAAUGCUUUAAACGUUGCAUUAUAGUAAAUCAAUUAAUUUAAACUAUUAAGUAAAUUACAUAAUCAUUAGUUUUUAGAAAAAAAAAAUGUGCAUCUAAAAAUAACAAGUUACUCAAUCAAUUUACAAAUAUGUAUAUUGUAUUAUCAAUUUCCUAUUGUUAUGAAAUUUAACUUGAAAAUAGUAUUGAUGUGAAAAUUAAAUAGUAUUUAAUGGAUUUUUAAGUACUUUUAUGUUAUUAAUAAAUUAUUUAUUCUGUUGUUCUUUUAGUGUAAUUUAAAUGUUAAAUCAAUUAUUAGAAAAUACAUAUUAUAUUACAAUAAUGUUAUACUUUUAUUCAAUAAAUAUAAAAAAAAAAAGUUGGGACUUAAAACUGUACAGGAAUAUGGGAUAAUUAAAUUACAAUGGCUUUAAUAUUGUUGAUUCUAAAUUACUAUUGGUAUUAUCGUCGCUUUUGUAUUGUUGAUUUGCAAUUUCGUUCCAGGGUUGUACAUUUCCUGAACCAAAUUGCAAAAAUAUCAAAUUUGUAGAUAUUAGUAUGGCAGCAGACAACCAAAACACAUCCCUCCAUUCUUCCAUAUUACUCUGUAAUUUAAUAUAAUAUUUUAAACUUAAUUCCAUUUAAUAAAAUAUUAAUUAAACACAUACAUUUGGAACCAUUAUGCCAACAAUAUAAGGUGCAACAACUCCAGACAAACAUCCAAUUGUACCCACUAUAGCCAUCAGUGUUCCUGCAUAAUUUGGACUAAGGUCUAAUGCAUUGACUUUUAGACUGGGUACAAAAGUACCCAUGAGUCCCAUGCCAGCUGUGAAGCUGACUACUGCCCAAACUUUGUCACAUUCAGAAUAUGAAGCUGCGACAAUUCCAAUUGCUGGGCCUACACUAGCUGAAUGGAAAAAAAAAAAUUUUGUUUUUAUUAAUUUAAUUUUUUUGGAUUAACUAUUGUAGGUACCUAUGGUUACAAAAGUUUUACGGAUGCAAGUUACUGUAAAACAAUUGGAUUUUGCCAUUGAGUCUACUAUGAAACCUGAAACCAUUGCCACUAUCCACAUCAUUAUGUAUGGUAAACCAGACAAUAAUCCGUUCUGCAAAACAAUUGUUUUGUUAAUCAAUGAUAUUAGUUUAUUAUUUAAAUAUGGUAUUUAUUGUGUAAAAACUAGUAUGAUAAUAUGUACCUGUACUACUGAAAACUGUAACACUGAUUUCAUAUACUUGGGCAAAUCAGUAAUUAUGGUAAACAAACCCCAAUCAUGACCGAUUUGAACAAUAAUCAAUCCCCACACUGGUCCUGAUAAAAGUAUUUGUUUCCAAGGAAUUGAUAGUUUUCCCUAAAAAGGUAACACAUAUUAAAUAAUAAAAAAAGGAUUGAUGUUCGAAAUUUGACCGAUAUUAUCAACAAAAUUAAUUAAUAAAUCACGUUUUUAUAAUUAGAACAAAUUUCUCAAUUUUACUUCACUAAUAAAACCAAUAUAACAGCAACAUAUAAAUUAUACUGGUUUAUCAACAUAACACAAGACAGUUAUUAUCUUGGAAAGUAUUUACUCUUUGUAAUUUGUUUUUAGAUCAUUUAAGAAAUAAAUAGCUCUAAAAUAUUCCAUUAUGGUUAAAUUGUUCUUAUUUUUUAAAGGGUUAAAAACCAUUACUAAUUUUUAUUCUUUAAAAAACAACCUAUACUAAAGAUUCCAUAAAUAGAUUUAAUAUUAGUUAAAAUCAAUUUUGCUUAAAAUGUCCAAUUUCUGUACAUCAAUUGACAAGAUAUUCCACUUUUAGGUAAUUAUGGGGAGAGUGGUGGAACACUAUUAACACACAAGUGAUGCACCUUUACUAUGCCUCCACUGAAACUUAAAAAUGGGAUAUCUCAUUAACGUGUAGAUGAAAAUUAAAUAUUUUAACAAGAACAUUGAUUUAAACUAAGACUCCGUCUAUUUGUGAACUUGCAGUCUUAAUUUAAGUUUAAUCUAUUUAAGGACUUUUUAAUAUAUGUUGUCAAUUAAAAAUUAAAAUUAAGUUUAGUAGUUUCAACACCCAGAAUAUGGGUAAUAAAAAAAAAGAGUAAUGUAACAUUUUAGAGCAUAUUUCUCAAAUUUUCUAAAAAAACAAAUUACGAAAAAAGUUAAUACUUUCUAAGAUAAAAUCUUUCGUUUUAUUGAUCAUCCUACGUAUAGAUAGUAGAUUCACUUUUGUUUAAAUUUUUUAAUCCAAUACAGAACUUACUUAAAUAUUAUCUUGGAUAUUUAAAAUCUCUUAAGUCUUUAUUUAUAAUAUCAAAACCAAUGCUACAAUUAUUUUAUAAAACAUGACUAGCAAAAUUAAAAUAAGGAGAAGUUUUAUUUUAUGACUGAGAUAUGCUUUUUAUAAUUAGUCUUAAAGUUUAAACCUGUUUAAUUAAUAUAAAAUGUAUAACAAUUAUAUUCUAGUUUAUAUUCACCAGCUUUAUCUUUAAAAAGUUUGCCCAGAAGUUUAUUAUAAUUGUCGUAUUUAGUAGGGGAAAGUGUUACACAAUAUAUAUAUUUUUUUAUAAGAGUUUUAAAAUUAAAUUUUGACGAAACUCGUGAUUAUCACGCAUUGGCGUAAAUUGACCUAAAUUUCUGGUGGUGCAGAGAAAUCUUUUAAUUUUUAACCCACCAAUACUCCAUCUUCUUUUAUAAAUUACCACCUAAUAAACAGUUUAUUUUUCUGUAGGUACCAAAUUUGUUUUUAUGAAAUUAAUAUGUUAUAUGUAUUGAAUUAUUUUAAAAACUUUAUUAUUACAAAAUUUAAAGAAAAACUAUAGAUAGGUACUUUUAAUAAAAAUUAUAGACUUUUGAAAAUAUAAACUAUAGGUAUACACAUUUUAAUGAUUUCCUGGUGGUGCAAGGUGCAACUGCUACAUUUGCACCACCCAAUUUACGCCACUAAUUAUUACGGCCUUUCAAACACGUGUAACCAAAUUUGGCUCCGAAUAUUUUUUCGUUAACAAUGGUUUAUCGUUACGUUUACAGGUAUAAAUUUAAUAAAUGUAUGUAUACCACCAUCCUAACUAUACCCAUCUACAACAGUGUCCACGCACUUCUUCAGUUUCAGCUCUUUUUUUUUUUUUUUAAAUAUAAAUUUAUUAAUAGAGACAAAUUUUCGUACACUUGAAACGCUACCUUUUUUUCGUAAUUAUAUUCAAUCCGUGAUUCGUACACUUAACGUUGUAAUAUGUAGCAUUUAAACCCAUGACACGCUAGUAUAAUAAUAUGUACCUAAUAUAUACUAAUACAGGAUGAUUUUUAAAUCAUAAACCAGCAAUUCUCUCGGAGUUUUUCAAGUGAAUUUGAUUUCUAUUUUUUUCUAAUCAUUAUGGAACCGUUUAAGCUUUAGUUAAAAACCAUUUUUAAUUUUUUACCCCUACUCUAUAUACCUUAAAUAAGUAUAUACUUUUGAUUUUCAAAUAGGAAUCCACUCUUUUGAACACAUAUUUGAAUAGAUAAUAUUUUUCUAGAAAUUGAUAUACCAUAAAUAGGCAAUUUAUUACCCUUCGCCCUACAUCUCCAGUCUAAACUCUAAACUGUUAUAACUCAUAAACAGUAAAUCUGAUAUCAGUGUUAUGCGUAUCAAUAUUUCUAGAAAACUAUUCUCUAUUCAUAUCUGUGUUCAAAAGGUGGUGGGGGGGGAUUUCUGUUUCAAAAUCAAAAGUAUGUACUUAUUUAAGGUAUAUAGCGUAAUAGUAAAAAUAAAAAUGGUUUCUAAAAUAAAGCUUAAAUGAUUAGAAAAAACAGAAAUCAAAUUAAUUUAAAAAACCCAAAGAUAAUUUCUAGUUCAUGAUAAAAAAAAAUCACUCUGUAUAGACUUAGUUGCUAUAAUACUAACGUCUUCACUAUCAACUGUGUGUAUUGCACGAUUAAGAUACAUUUUCUCCUUAUUGCUGAUAAAUGGAUGCCGGUUCGGAUGGUUAUAAAUCAAUACAAACCAAAAUACGAGCCAGAAUAAACCAAAUAGCCCAAAUACAUAAAACACACUAGUCCAACUAUCAGUGUACCGCAUCAGAAAACCACCUAACUGCAUGGAAGCAACAUUACCAACUUGUGCGCCUAGAAAUUAAUAGAUAAAAGUCUGCAUGUACACAACAUUCACUGUUAUUAGUAAACCAAAAGUUUAAUCAGUUUUUCAUACCUACCAGCAAACACCAGAGAUCCCAAUCGACCACGUUCUUCCAAUGGUACCCAUGAAGCCAGCAGCCUACUCAUUGCAGGAUAAACUGGUCCCUAUAAGGAAAAUACAUUUUUGUCAUUAAAUGAGUAAAAAUAUUUAUUUUUUUUUUUUUAUGAAUUACCAUAUAAACGACAAAACAAACUUGUACACUAAGAAUAUUUUUUUAAUUUUAGUUAAAAUUAUGGAAACGUUCAAAAUAACUUCUGAGUACCUAUAACAUACUUAAAAAUCGUGUAAAGUAGGUACCUACUCGUACGUUUUAUACAUAGAAUAAUUUAAAAUUUUAUCUGAACGGAACUAAAAAUUAUUAUUUUUAAAAUGUGUAAUUUAAACAGCAUUAAUGAUUAUUUGUAGAAAUUACACAAGCACUCCUCUAUAACAGGUACCAUAUAUGAGAAAUAAUUUUUGUUUGUAACAUUAAUUAUUAUUUUUUCGCCAACAAAACUAAUACUAAUUAUAUAUAGGGUGGAUUUGCCACCUAUGGUCAUCUUAAGAAUUUUUUUCUAUUCAUAUUUGAUUUAAUCUAUCUAUGGUUUUUGAAAAAAAUUUAAAAUUAAAUUACAAACACAUAAGUUUGCCAAUACAUAGUUUGAACUUCAAUGUUUUAAGAACAUUAUGGAGUAGAAAAUUUGUAUUAAUAUUUUCAAAUUGCAUUUGCCCGUUCUAUAUAGCCAAGCUAUUCCUAUGCUAUCUGAGUUUUUGUAACAAUUAUCGAUACCACCCAGUAAAUUAAUUAAUGUAGAUGAACACUAUAUGGUUCGUGGACAACAAAAUUAAUAAUCAAUAAUUAUAUAUAAACCUUGGAUGAAUAAAGCAAUAACCAUAUCAAAUUAAAAAAUUACGCUUUAAUGAACAAAAUAAAAAUGAGUGGCCAUAGAAGGGAUACUGACCAUAGUGGUGACUCGACCCUACCUACUAUCAGUUUUGCAUUCAUAGGUAAUAGCAUAAUCGAUUAAUUAAUUAUAUAUUUAUUUAAAGUAAUAAGAAAGGCACGAAUUAAUCGCUGAGCUUUAUGAUAUUGAAUUAAAAUUGCAUGAUAAUAGUCAUAUUAUAUCUAAUAGUUAUAAAUGAUAAUAGCUAAGUACCUAAUUAACAACACAUCAGUUCUAUAUACCAGGUGAUCUUCAUUCACAUAAUAUUGCAGGGAAACCACGUGCAAUAACAUAUAAAUUUAAUAAACUCAAAAACUUGAUACCAAAAAAAACUAUAUGUAUGAUAUAUUCUGCCCUGUAUCAAUCAAUCUACCAAUAUGGUGUAUUAAUAUGGGAUGGUCUGGGAGAUGGGGUUUUAAGACAGCUGCAAGUUAAUCAAAAUAAUAUAGUACGAAUUUGUUUUAAUAAAAGUACCACGGAAGGACCGAGUAAACAAAAUUACUUAGAUUUAAGCGUAUUACCAAUUCGAUCACUUUAUAAAAAAAUUGUAAUUAUUUUUAUUUAUAAACGUCUAAUAAAAAAAAACAGUAACCCUUUUUAUGAAAACAAAAGAGAAAACAGAGUCUACAAUAUUCCUGUUAAAUAUUCAAAAAAAACCAUUGGACAAUCCUUUAUUGACUAUCUGGGGCCUACAUAUUUUAAUUUAAUGCCUUAUGAGGACAAAAAAAAUAUUCACACACAUCAAGGAAAUGUUAAAAAAUUAUAUAUAACUGGUUAUUUUUAGAAUUAGUCUAAAUUUUUAAAUUUUAUUUUAUAGUUAUUACUUCAUUAUUAUUGUAUGUUAAGUAAAAAUUCAAGAAAUUGUAUAGUGUAUAGUUUACAACUUGUUUGUUUUUAUUACUUAUCUUAUAUAAAGCGGAAAAUAUUAUAAAAAUCCCGUUUAGAAAAAUAUAUAAGCUUAAAAAAAUUAACUAUUAUAUUUACGAUUUUAAUCAAAAUUUGAUAUUAAAAUGCCAAUCGAAUAUUUUCUUUUAUUCCGUUAUUACCUACGAUACAAUAUUAUUGUUUAGACCCGUUCGACGUUUCAUUAGUGAUAACAAUCUACGAAUUGUUUCAAAACUUCAAUAAUUGUAAUACUUUUGAAAAACCGCGAUUGUAAUGUCUGUGACCGUAAGUAACGUCGUACGAAUACGGUAAAACUAAUCCGUAGCUUACUAUAUCCACUGUGGUUUGCGUGAUUUUCAGAUGACUAAUCGCUGUCCAAAUGAGACCCUCAACUGUUGUCUGUACCCCUGCCCGUCCGCGUCGUGUCAAUGUCCGUCGGACUGCCCGAUGGAGUGGGAAUCGUCGUACACUACAGAUAAUUAUAUUUACGUGAAUAACUUCGGGUGUUUUUACGAACCGAUGGACGUAGAUCCGCCCCUGCCGCUCCACCUUUACGUGGUAUAGGACGAUAAUUCGAUUAAAACAUAAAAUAAAAUAUUUAGCAUUACGAGUAUACAUUUCAAUUUUUAUGUAACACUUUCAUAACGAGUCCGGUAGUCCCAACGCGCAAACGAUAAUUUAAAAAAAAUAAUUGUGUAACAGUAUCGAUGGGCAAACGCCCGACGAUUUGUUUUCAAAUUCAAAUUCCGAAUUACCAUCGCUUACGCGAAUAAUUCGAACAAUUUCAACUAGUAUACAAGGUGGUGAUCCAUUUAAGUGGGUAGGUACGCUCAUUAUCUGUUGGAAAAUAUUAACUCUUUCAGAGUUUAUUUUGAAUUCACGAAUAUUCCCUGCUCGUAAGCGGGAAAUCGUUAGCAACGGAACCGCCACAUUUUUGAUAGACAAAAAUAAAAUACCGGUUAUCAAUACACAAUCGAAAAUUUUGUUUUAUCAAUAUGUGUUAUCUAGAAAUCUAUACAAAUAUGUAUGGGCACAUAAAAAUCUUUCCGGUGUCAUCGAAAAUUUCCCCCCGUGACACUUUUUUACCAUCCCUGGUAUACAGUAAUAUUAUUGUUAUAAAACAAUUACACACGUAUCCGAUCGACUUCACUGCGCUUUAUUAUGUGAUUUCCAGAUACCUAGCCUCGAUUGAGCGCGUCUCGAACGAGAGUGUCGGCUCAUAUUUCGGGAGUCCCUUAUAUACCUACGAACUUUAGAUGAUUCAAUAAUGAACCUGGAUUUGAUGAAUAGGGGCUGGUCCUGGGUGGUAAGUACAUAAUUUAACAGAAAUAAAUUUAAAAUACUAAAAUAAUUGAAUUGAUUUCUGUUUGUUAUACAAAGUGAUUUUUUUUUUAUCACUAAUCAGCAAUUCUCUCUGGGGAUUUUAAGUGAUUUGAUUUCUGUUUUUUUUUUUGAGGAUAUCCUGAGUACGUCCUAUUUUUCAAUUUUUACAAUAGUCGUAUCGAUGCAGCUUUAGAUAGGUACCUAUUUAUACUUAUUUAAAAGCUGAUAACUUAAUAAUUGAUAAACUGAUCAACAGGAAAACAACAUUUUGUUUCAACAUUGAUAAUAAAACUCAAUAAGACUAUGGAGUACAGUUAGUAGUCGUGUAGUAUAUUGUGUGUAUUUGUUGUGUAUUUGGUUAGUGAACGAGUAUAGUACCGUAAUUCUUCCCAUAACCUAGUACUGAACGGUUUUUUUAAUCAUUGUGAAAUUAGUUAAGCUUUAUUUUAAAACCGUUUUUAAUUUUUAACCUCUAAUCCGUAUACCUUAAACAAAUAUACAUUUUGACAUUUUGUUUUCCAAAUAAAACGAGUUAUCAAUUUAUCAUUUAAAAAUAAAUAUACAAUUCAUUACCAUUCUUUACUCUUCCGGUUUAAACUUUAAACGGUUAUAACUCAUAAACGGUAAAUCUGAUAUUAGUAUUAUGCGUAUCAACAUUUUUAGACAAAUAUACUCUAUUCGAAUCUAUGUUCAAAAAGGGGGGUUUCUAUUUAAAAACAAAAUUAUUUCCUUUCCUAUUUAAGGUACAUGGUGUAGGAGCAACAAAUUAACAAUGAUUUUAAAAUAAAGCUUUAACAUUUCCACAAUGAUUGAAAAACACAAAAAUUAAAUUAGCUUAAAAUCCUUCGAGAUAAUUGCUGGUCCACGAUAAAACAAAUCACUCUAUAUAUUUCUAUAAGGUAUUAACUACUAGUUAAUGGGCUAUUAGGUGGGUAGGUGGGUUGUAUGUUCUUAACUAAAAUAAUUUAAACUGCCAUUUUUUAAAGAAUCCGGUGCCACUGUUAUAGCGUACGUCAACGCAACCGUCCAUCUCGCACGAACCCGACGACUCCAGAAGCCAGCCAACGGAGGUGAAUGGUAAAAAGGCAGCUACUGGCGCCGUCGGGUGACGUGAAAACGUUGGAACGUGGAGACGUACAAGGUUAUAACCCUCGGAAUGAAUGCAGACUACAGUGACUGCAAUUCGGACGGCGAAUACUGAACCUGCACAGAGAUGGAGUGUUACUCUAUCAGGCACAUAAAAAAAAUCAAAUCAAGUAUUAUUUUGCUUUAUUAUUAUUUAUUAUUUUGCUUUAUUAUUAUUUAUUAUUUUGCUUUAUUAUUAUUUAUUAUUUUUAUUUCAGUAAGUAUCUCAUAGGAGAUUCAAAUCAGACUUGUAAAUUGUAAUGUUUAAAAUAUGUCUUUCAUCGUUCAGCCACCACAGUAAUAAUAUUAUUAUGCUAAGAGAUAUUAUUAUGAUAUAAUUUUAGAUUCUAAACGAAGCGGGGAAUGUAUUAAUUUUGCAAUAUUUAUUUAAAACAAAUUUUUUUUAAAUCUAUAAACAACUUUUCUACCUAAGUCUGAUUUCCAAGUGUAGUACUUUUUCUGGAAGGGAAUUUUAUCUGGGCGGUACUUUAGGAAAGUAAUUUUUUAAUUUUUCAAACGGUUUUCAUAAUAAAUGAUUGGGCCAUCAAUUAAAACACUAAACAUAAAUGCUUAAAAAUUUAACAGGAGAAUCAUUAUAAGUCGUACUUUGUGUUGGGGUAAAAAAAUUGAAUGUAAUAUAGAUUUCUUUUUUUAGAAGAAUUAAUAUCAAAUUUUGAUUAAAAUCGUAAAUAUUACGGUCCGUUUUUUUAAGCCUAUACAUGUUUCUAAAUGGGAAUUUUAUAAAUAUGUUCCGCUUUUAUUAUAGUUUUAUUAAGUUAAAUUUCUUCACGGAAAAAUGGUAUAAUAAUAAUAUUAUGCAGUAGCAGUAUAACUAUUUUCAAAAGUAUUCAAAAUACGCAUUAUUAAUUAUUUUUUUUUUUUUUAUAAAGAAAUAUUAUUAAAUAUAAAUAUACGACAAUUAACACUACACUAUUUUCGUUUUAAAACAAGUAGCAACGAUAGUUCAACUUAUGAUACGAGUCACUGCCGACUACCGCGUUUCAUCGUUUUCGAUCGUGUCCCGUUUUUUCUACUUGGUUUAGGAAUAUGUUAUUAUUUAUUAAUAAUUAUUCAUACGAUUUUGUAUUAACUAAUAAACCGUGUAUUACGCGUAGGUAUGCUAUAUUAUCGUGCGUUAUUCGUUUUUUAAUAAUAUCGUGAAUUUAUUUUUCAUUUGUCGUUUGAACAAAUUUUUAGAUACAAAUUUCUUUGAGCCAUAUUAUUUAUAAUAUAGUUAAACAUAUAAAAAAUAUUAUACUAUACAAAAUAUAGGUAAACGUGAACAAGUAAAAACCGUAAAAUAUAACACAAUAAUUAAGUUCAAAACGUUCAUAAUGUAUACAGUAAGUACCCCAAUAGAUUGAAAACCGAUCAUGAUAAUAUAUAUUACGAUACCCGGAUAUAUAUACGGGGUCAAUUCCGAAUGUGUCAGUACUAAAAAAAUUGUCUUUCGAUAAACUAUCGAACAAUUGUGAAAAAAGGUUUACAUUUAAAACAGUAUAUAAGUAUGCUCAGGGUCAUGUUUAAGGAGGUAUCUACCCCUUAAAUCUGUGAGGCGUCUGGCUCAAUAUAAAACUCGAAAUAGAAUUAACAAUAUCACAAUGUCACUUGUUAUUUGUUUUAUUUUCAAAUAAUUUGCUUAGAUUAAUAAUUAAUAUUUCUUGGUAACUAGGAGCACGUAAGUAUUACAUCAUAUUAACGUAAUAUGUGUAGAUACCUAAACGAAAAUUUGAAAAUAAGGAAGAAUCUUAUUUAGUGGAAGUAAAAUGUUGAAAUACGAAUGUGAAUUUAAUAAAAUUGCAAACAAAUAAACCACAAAUUUGGAGGGAUUAAUCCUCCAAAUCAUCCCCGAGUGAGACUAUGAGAAGAAACGUUUAAAAAUCGAUGCCCCCGGGUGUUAAAUGGCUUAACACAAAUCUGAGUUUAUGUGUCUAAUUAUUUAAGAUCGAUUAAAAUAUACAUCUCAAUCGUAGCUUACAAAUAAUUUACAAUUUACGAAAAUGCAUACUUGCGAAAGUCCAAUGAUCACUCGUAGAGUAAUAAGUGCCGAUGGUCCACAUGUUCUAGCUAUUAAAGGUGUAAUCACUGUACCUAUACUGCUGAACAGCAUUCCUAAACCUAAAGUGGCUUUUCCUCCAUACUUAUCAGCAAACAUGCCACCUGGCAUUUGGGUGAUGACAUAUCCCCAAAAGAACGAAGCCAAUAUCAGGCCUUGAGUUUUUUCGUCCCAACCAAAUUCCAUUACCUGCAAUAAAAUAUAAUAAUAUAAAUAUUUUAAUAAUUCAUAUAAAUUUAAAAUCCCAUUACAAAUUUGUUUAUACGAUUAUUUUACCCUGCCUAUUUUGUAGUAAAUUAAUAUUCUUCAAAAACAAUAAAUAACCGAAUAGGUACUAUAUUAGUGCAAGACUCUACGUAUGCGUACCUACUACACUAAAACUAUACUUCCCCCUCCUCUCGCCACAAGCUUGAUUAAUGUGAGGGGUAAUCAACUCGUAUUAUAUAAAAUUUCAAUUUGAAAUUGUAUUUUAUCAUUGUUUGAGUUGAAUGAAUUAUUAAUUGUUUUUAUUAUUACACUACCUAAUUCCAAAGUUGAAAGUUGAAUUCCCAAAAAGCACAUCCUCGAAACUAACACAAUGCAUCAUAUUAUUAAAUAUCUUUUACAAAAUGUCAUCCCGUUUUGGGAAAAUUCAAUAGAAAAAUGCCAUAAACCAAAUAUUUUUACAAAAUUAAAAAUGUACCUAGGUAAUAAUAUAAUAUAUUAGAUUUAAAAUAAUUUUAUUUAAAAGUUAUAUUCUAGAAAUUAAAUCUAAAAACGAUCAUAUAAAAUUAUAAUAUUACUUUGAACAGUUCGAACUAUGGCCUGGAUUUGAAUGCCAAAAAAAACAUCAAUAAAAAUGUAUUUAUAUACGAGCAACAAGUUUAUAAAAACAUAAAACAAGUGAAUAAGUAUAGGCUAGGUAUAUACAUGAUAAAUAAGUAUAGUCACAUAAGUACUCAAUACUCGUAUUAAAUAAUUAAUAACCACAUUUACAUAGAUCGGUGUAGUUAGGUUGGUUGUAGGUAAUAACCUAUACGUAAUAUUCUACUUAUAAUAUCCCAUUGACUAUCGGACGGGUAAUCUAUUAGUGGCUAUUGUUAUCAUUUAAAAUGUAAAAUCUUUAACAGUUAAAUUUACAGACAAAGAUUUUAAAUUAUAAUGUGGUUAGUAGGUGUACGCAUAAUACUCAUAUGUAAUAUGUGUGCAUAUAUUCUAUAUAGGUAUAUAUUUUUAUUUUUUUUUUUUUGACAAUUCGCAGCAAUAAAAAAAAAAUAUAGGUAACUAUCAAGCGAAACAUAUAUUGUCUUUCCACCAAAUCGCCUUUAUUGUUAUACAUCACAAAAUUCAGAAAUUAAUUAUUUUUCUCGUUUAUAGUCCAUUUAAAUAAAAAUAGCGGUUCUUAAUAUUUAAUUACAUAUAAAUAUAUAUUUAACUGUCAAAAACAGAGAUAAAGUCAUAAACAUAGAAAAAAUCAAAUCAAAUCAUAAAAACUAGACUUACAAGUCAAUAAAAAGUUUGGUACUUGUCUAAAGAACUAUUAAAUUAAAAAUGUAAAUUAGCAAUGAACAUGAUCUCGUCACAAACUUUAAUUUUAUUGUAAAAAAAAUAUUCGGAAAUCGGGUUAAGUGGAAAUUAUUAGGACAAGGAUGACCGGUUCAUUCCCACAUCGCCGACUUCCAUUUUUCUCACACAUAAAUUGAUUACAUUAUUAUUUUAAAUUGAAAGCUCUUAUAAUUGUUGCUGAUAUUAUUACUAUUAUAAAACAUGUCAACAGUGUAAUAUUCAAACUACUCAAUGUUUUUCAAUAACAGAUUUAUAUUACAUACAUUUAUGUUAAUAAGAACACAUACACUUUUUAUUAUAUUUUAAUUGUAAUGUUUUUAUUAUUUAUCCAUUUUAGAUUUAUGCAUUUUACCAAAUAGAAUUAUUUAUACACCUGAAUGAAUAAAUUAAUCAAAGAGUUGGCUUUAAUGAAUAGUUUAUUAUUUCAACCAAAACAGUUUCAAAUUGAUUUUGAAAAAUAAUCAGUAUUCGGGAUUAUAUCCACGCGUCUCGCGACCUGCAAGCAAAUGAUUUUCACGAAUCUACUCCGGCAUAUUCACAUCACGAUGAUAUCUACAGCUUGUUACACAUUCUGCAUUUCGAACGCGGUUAGUAGUUCAAAAUUAAAUAUGUAUACUUUUAAGUGGGCGUAUUCACACGCGCGACCGAGACGCGAUUUUCAAGCGGUUUCAGUAUCUUUUCUGGUGGAAAAUUGUAUCUAGAAAUUAAAAUACCUAAUGAAAGUGAAUGCAAGUAUGAAAGAUUACUUAUGUAUACAUUUUAAAACCUGUGGAGUUUUAGCAAUUAUUAUAGAACUCUAACCAUAAUUCAGGCUUGGGGAUUACUUAAAAUUUAAAUUUGAGUGUAAAAAUGGUUACUGUAUUAUUUUAUAAAAUAAAUAACUUAAACAAAAAAGUAUAGAAAAACUACCUAUUAGUUAUAAACUUUUAUUCAAAAUAUCAAUUCAAUUUUAACGACAGAUAAGUACUAAGUAGUAACCAAACGAUAUCCAAGUAAGUACUAUGAGCAUAAUUCGUGGGCUUGUGGCAAUUUAUAUUAUGUAUUUAUUUUAUUAUGAUAAACUAAUUUUUCUCUGUAAAUAUAAAAAUUAAAUUCUUCGUAAAUAAUAGAAAUAUUAACUUAUAUUUUUUUUUCCAAUAAUAAUAUUUAAUGAUUUUCCAUAUUCUAAUCACCCUUAAAUCUACAAACUUCUAAUUUUUUGAACGGACAACUGUAAUAAAUAAAAUAUUUUUCUAUACAAUAUGAAAAUUGAAAAUGAACGUAAUCGGGAAUAAUGAAAACAAUUUAAGUCGAUUUCAAGUUAAAUUAAAGACAAUAAAUGACUUAAGUUAAAUUAAUUAAAAUAUCAAACCAGUAAGUUAAGUUAAUAAGUUGAAAGCAACUUAACUUUUAACUAAUUAACUCGUAAUGCCCGGUCUCGCAUUUUUGUUAAGAUAAAGCUAAAUUGAUACUAUGUAAUAAUAUUACGAUUACCAUCCGAGUACUAUGUCUACCUACAUAAUGUAUUGAUUAGAACGACAUUCAUAUUAUAUAACAUGAAGUUAUAAUAAAUACGUUCAACACUAAUCAAUUAAUUUUGUUGCAAAAUAUUAAAUAAACCAAUUAUAUUGUCUGUAGUAUUGUAGGUACCUAUAUACCUAGUUUAUGUAGAUAUAAUCUAACAUUAGUAUCUAAUAAUUUUUUACACUAAAGCGGUAAUUUAACAUUAUAUUCCGCGCUAAAAAUUAUUGUUAUUACUUGUAAUUACUGUAGAUAAUAGGUAUCUCCAAGGUGAACAUGUAGAGAUGUAAACACUUCCUACCUUGUAUCAUCACCACUUGUAACUGCCACCGGGAACGCAGCUUACCCAAUGAGGGCUCAAAUAUACUAAGUGGUAGUACUUAGUAAGGUACUAAGUGAAUAAUAGUUUUUAUUUAUAGGUAUUAAUUUUGAUAUUUAUUUAAUCUUUUUGUACCGUUUUUCAUGUGUUGUAUUUGAUCGCUAUGCCUUUUAUAUGCAAAUAUCAUUCUUGUGUUCGAAUAGAAAUUAAUUAUAUAUUUGAUUAAUUCAUUCUGUUGUAGCAAACAGCCAAUUUUAAAUGGAAAUCCAGUAAUAUUGACUUCGUCCGUAACUAUUUAGAAUACCUAAUGAACAUACGUAUAAUUUGAAAUAAGGACCAUGAAUUAAAUUAGUACCUAUCUACAAUAAAAUAUGGUUCCAAAAUACGUCUACGAAUAAUUUUCUUAUUUAUGACAUUUAUAAUAGCAGUCUCCAAGUAUCUAGUAUAUUACCUAUAUAUUCAUUAGAUAUUCCGAUGGACUGAAUAGAUGUCCUCGAUUUCUCAUAUUUAUAAAUUCUUGAACUUCUACAUAAAGAUGAGUGUGAUCAUUUGAAUAUCAACCAUGUUCUAAAAAGCAAUGAAUUAUUUACCCUAAUAUGAACGUUUCAUUGAAUAUACAUAAUGCAGUAGAUAAGUUCCGUUUAUAAUGACACCGGUUGUAAUGAUAUAUCAGGAGUAAUUACUUUAGAUUGAAGGUCCCGACAAAACUCCUAUAUUGUAUGUACUAAUUUGUAUCGAUUAUCAUGCUUAAACGUAUGUGAUGACGGUUAUUUUUGAAUACAUUGCUACCUAUCUAUAAUAUAAUUUCGUGUUAAAAUAAUAAAACAACUUUUUUUUUUUUUAUUUCGAGUCACGAUUUAGUGAUACAAAUAUGCCACAUUGAUUCUAAUACAGUAUUAUAUUCAUAUAAAUACAUAAUAUGCAUAUGUAUUACAUAUGCAUAGUCAAUUUUUAAAUUGUGUUUUUUAAUUCUAGUAAAAACGAUAAUCGGAUAAUAUGAUUAUUUUUAACUAGUCCUUUGGACGUCAUUAUAAACGGUUUCUACUGUAUAAUAUAAUAUACCCAAGUAGGUAUAAUGUUUACAAAUAAUAGAUAUGUUUAUUGUUUUAUUAUUUGUAUUAAAUUUUUAGAACUGAAUUUCUAUAUUGAUGAUCUCUAGUUUUAACAUAAUAAGUUUCAAUAUCAUAAACCUAUUUCGCAGGGCCGGCCGUAGGUUUUUUGCCGCCCUAGGCAAAUCUAAUUUACGCUGCCCUAUGCAAUAGUUAAUUUUUUGAAGAGGAGGGGAUUAAAGAAAAUAUGGACAUUCAUUUUUAACUAUGAACUCUUGUUUUAUUUAAAAAAAAAAAAAAAUGUUUUUACUGACCUCGGUUUUCUUUACAAAAUAUAAAAUAAUAAUAAUAAAAUUAAAAUAAAUGUUAGGUAUUAAAUAGAACAAGUAAUAUUUUUACCCAUCGAUAUACAUUCAUUAUCGUUAUCAAAGAUCAAAAAUAUGUUUUUAAUUAAACAUUAAAAAAAUAUAUAACUACAAAAUUAAAGAUAUAUUAAAUAAAAUUAAUUUUGCAAGCAUUUUCUUGGGCAAAAUCAGUCAGUAAAUUUUUAUACUCCAGAUUUUCCAUUACUUCUUUUUCAAUAGAAAUUUUAGCAAGAUCACUUAACCUUUCUUGAUUCAUAGAAGAUCUCAAAUAGUUUUUAAUUAUUUUUAAUUUGGAAAAGCUUCGUUCACCAGAUACGACCGACACUGGCAUAGUUAAAAUAAUGCGAAGUGCCACAGCUACAUUUGGUACAAAAUUGUUAUUAUUUACAAUAAACUGUAAAACUUCUAAUGGGGUACUGUUGGGUUUUAAUAACUCGGAUAUUGCUACUNACUCAUCUGUCAUUUCUAUGGCAUCAAUAUCUGAUUUACUGACAUUUUCAUUUUCUGAUAAUAGCAAUUGAAGAUCCAUACAAUUCUUCACAAUACUGUCUUUCGUUAUACUUUUUAGACUACUUAUGUCAUACAACUUAAAUGUAUUUUGCUCGUUUCAUGUUCUUUAACUAUAUUGUGUACGUUUUUCCAAUCAUUACAGACAAAUUUAGUUAGUGCAUAAUUUUCAAUACUAAAUAUUUUACAACAAAAACAGUACACAACAUCAUUUUUAACAGAAUAAAUUAACCACGUACGUUGUAUAACUUCACCAUUUUUUAAUGCUUUACUUAAAAUUGAAAUUGGAAAUCGUCGAUUUAACGCAUCUCUAGGAUAGUUGAAAUCUUUACUUGAUUUAAUGGGACCUGUUUUCACUACUUGAUGUCGUAAUGAAUCUGAAAAAAUUUCUGGCCAUGUCCCGGGGUCAGAUAUAUUAUAUUCAUUUUCAUUAAAUUUAAAACUCGCUUUUUCUUCCAAAGGUGUAUUUAUUUCAUUAUUGAAAAUAUCAAUGCUAUCGGAAAUUUGUUCUGAGUUACCAACUUCUUUUAAACUAUCAGUAACUUCCAAGGUUUUUGGUUCUUCUAAAAUAAUAAUAGAACGUGUUUCUGGAUUAUUUAAAACUUCAUUAUUUUUUUUCAAAUAUUUUUCAAAGGAAUCGGAGUUUUUUUAAAUUUCUUCAUCACGUUUUAAUUUUUAUUUUCGAUAUGCAGCUCCUGAUAACCGUAUACGUUUUUGCUCUGACAAUUCUGACAUAUUAAAUGAAUAUUAAUGUGAUAAUCCAACAAAUUUUAAGUUUAUUUUAUAAAAAAUAAAAAUUUUACAAGUUCACGUACUUAAUCCACUAUCACUAUCACUCUACAGCAAAAACUAUUUACGUAUCAGGCGGGCGGCUGAAAGUUCAGGACUAAAUGCCGUUGUCACUGACGGUUGUUUUUGUUGUAAGUCCAUUGAACUAUAUAAUUAAUGACUAGAUGGUGCUGACACCUACUUAAAACAGAUAGACAUCAGUUAUAAAAAAGAACUCACCAUGAUAAUACACGUGUAAUAUAAUAUUAAUAAACUACUAUUAAGGACCAUUCUUGCAUAAUUAUUAACAACCUUUAAGACUUAUUACAGUUUUCCAACUAAAUAAUAAUUCUAAUUGUUAUAGUUGUAUUUAAUUCAAAACGCAUAAGCGAAGUUAAUAAAUCAAAAACUUUAUUUCACAGGUACUCGUAAUUCGUAGACAAGUGUUUAAUUUCUAAAUUUUAACACGAAUUGGUAGCAUGCAUAAUUAUAGUAUAUAAUAGGUGUACCUACUUUACAAAUCACUACUUCUCCAAAACAUAUAUGAACAAUUGUAUAAUAUUGAAGAUGGAUUUAUGUUAAACAAAAUCUAAACUAUUCAUAAAUUAAAAAUUUAAUUCAAUUUAAUUGAUAUCUCAUAAUUGUAUGACUUUUCUCAAGCAUUGUUUUGCAUCGUAUUUUCGUAUAGAAAUGUGAACACUAUGAGCCCUCAUCGGGUAGUCAGCGCUCCUGGCGGUAUUUACCACUGGUUUCCUUUUUUUUUCUACCAAUUUAUAAGCGAAGUAUUUACACCUCUAUACAUCCACCAUGGGUAUCCUGUGAAAAUUAUAAGAUGUCGCCGUAUUCUUGUAAAUAACAACUACUACAAAUCUCCUAUAGUAUUUACAAUUAGCACUUAAUUAGUAUAUUUCCAUCCUUUCUGUAAACGGUUAGAAUAAUUGUUUAAUCGCAGAUUUUUGUUUAAUAAACAUUUUAAGUGUGACACAUUCAUUGUUAGAUAAACGGCAUAAUAAUUAUAAAAAUAAAAAAAAAAAAUCACUAGCGAAAGAAGUUGCGUGUCAUACAGUUGUAGUGUAAUCGGUUUUAAUUAUACAUUAUAGAGACAUGCGAAACCGAUAAACUUCAGAACCGAACUGAUAGUAUGUGACAACUUUGAAUUGAGAAUAGCACUUACUGUUUCCAUUCAAACUUAUGGUUUUGAAAAAUCUCUAAUAUUAGUUUCUAUCUAAGUGGAUUACAAUAAUAAUUCGCGCGGCCAGUGCAGGGUUAAACUAGUUUAAAAGUAAUUGGAUAAAUUUGCUUAUUUAAAAAAAAAAAAAAACAAUAAUAUUUUUCAAAUAUUAUUGAUUCUCAAAUAGCUACGAUUAUAAGAAACCUCUAAAGGACACAGCACACAAUGAAUUUCCUAAUGUCUUAGAAAUACUACAAUAUACACUCUUAGUAGAUAUGUCUAAGAUGUUCGAAUUUUUUGUUCUAAUACUUAUGACUUUACGAGUUAUGACAUACCGUUUGUGCGAAAUUCAAGUAAACGCGAUAAAAUCGAUAACUUAGUAAUAAAAGGACUGUGGUCGAAAAACGAAUUUAGCAGAAAUCGAAAAAUGAAAAAGCUUUCAUUUUUUUUUUCAUACGCGUGUUGGUAUACGCGACAGGUCGCGGCACACAGUUUAUGAAAUCGUAUUUUGACGGGUUUUCCUAGAAUAUUCUCGCAGGACAACGUCAUUAUUGCGGAGUUUCCCUUGUGCAACUAAUUUUGUGCCUCAGCUGCUAUAGCCUGUGAUAUUUUGACGGCGGCACAUACCUACCUGUUACCUCGUACCUGUAAGUCGCGCACGCGGAUUUAAACGUUAUUUUAUUAUUAUGUUGUAUUUAUAGCAUUGACAACGAAAUGCACGCGGUCGCCGAGCAUACGGAGCACACGGAGCAUACGGAGCAUGCGGAGCAUAUGGAGCAUCGCCAUCGACGUCGUUGCCGCCGUCCGCACUACCAUUUUUGUAAAAUAGCUAAUAAUUAUCGUAUCGCCAUAAGGUAACACCGUUCUCAUUCCUAUGCCGGUCACGAACGCUGUGCAUACAUACUACACGUACCGCGCAAAUCGUAUACGAUAAUUAUCUUCGGUAAAGGCACUGACUACGGUCUACAUUAUUACCGAUACUAAGGUUAGAUUUUGUUUUCAACGAUACGGCGAUGGCGCGUGCUGAUGCCGCGACGAUCGCGAAAACCUUCAAACGUGUUACACACAUCGAUCGAUCGAUCCUCGUAAAUUCGUGAGGGCCGCGGGCACAAUGUCAAUUCGUUCUUCUGCAUAGAAUUUUUUUUUUUUUUUUUUUUGCAUUACCGUCUUGUUUCUUUUUAUAUAAGCAAAAAAUCGUCAACGCCGAUGACAAUCGGUUUACUAUAUAGGUAGAUUUUUAAUAACCUAUUGAUAUUAUAAUGUAUCCGGUGCACAGCAUGAGAUUUUCCGAAGGUUCUCGGACAAAUAAUACGCACGCUUGCACUAUUCAUAAUAAUUUAUUGAUAACGCGUCAUAUUAUAUACAAACCGUAAAAACUGAAAAAAAAAUCUCCCAUCGACAAUCGAACUGGUGCACACAUAGAGCGCAUUUUAUGAUAGAAAUAUUGGUGUCAUUUUCGUUUGAUGUAUAACACUUUGCGUAUUAAUACAAAGUAAAAAUAAUUGUGUAGAACGAGAAUGCACAAAUUCAAAUGGCUAACGGACUUAUAUUUAAAAAUCUAAGCAAUUUACUGUUCUUGACGUAUAUUAUUAUACCAGUAAGUACCUAGGAUCUGGAACUUAUAGCAUUUGCUCUCUUUUUUUUUUACGAGUCAUUAAAUCUAGCAGUGACAAUAUUAUAGGAAAACACACGGACAUAUUUCGCACGAUAGAUGGCCCGAUUUUUUCGGGUUUUUCUCAUUUAUUAUGAAAACCCAUGGGAAAAUCAAAAAGAGUAAAAUUAUAAAAUUCAAUAGUGUUUUUUUUUUCUGUUUAUUUCGAUAGUUUAAAAAAAAUGCUUUUUACUAGUUUUAAAAUAUGUUUUCAUGUGUAAGUUUCGGGGUUUUAAAAACUUUCUUUGUUGUUACCCAGUGGUUAUACCUAAUUAUAUAUUUUGUAUAUUGCAUUUGAAAAAUAUAUACGUUACCCUUUUUACUGCGGUUGUAUUUCCAGGUAACGGGUCAACCGGGCAUACGGUGCCUAUGGUUACAUUAUGGAAAGUGCUGCGUCGGGUAGGUUCGACCAUUUCGGUAAUUGCUAAACUCAAGCAAAACCGUUGAACGUAUCCAAUAGCAAGCGCCAUGAAACCCAUGGUGCUCAAUACGUAUCUCUGUUGAAUGCAACUUUGUUUAUCUGGAACCAAUAAUUAAAUAGAUAGCUAUAGGUAUAUAUAGGUACUAAUAUACAAGUAUAUAUGUAAUAGAAUAUAAUAAUUAGUAAAUUAGUCUAUAGUAUAUUAUAUUAUUUAGCUAUACCUAACAUACAUAUCCAUCAUCCAGUGUGCUUCGAGACUUUUUUUUUUUUUUUAGUGAAAUGCGGAAAUUUAAUAGUUAUCAAAUGCGGGAUAAGAAUAUAGUAAAACACUUAAUAAUAUAAUACAAAUAUUCUAGAAACACGUGCGUGACAUGAAGAAGAAUAAAACCUGUAGACGUAUCUAUACAGCCGAUAUACAUGUAUAAUAGGCGGCUUUGUCAGAUAUUUUGCAUUUAUGCUCAUAACAAAAUAUCGUAACGAGUUUCCUAGAUAACCUUAAACAUAGGUUUUUAGUAUAUAUAAUAAAUGAUGAAUGGUAAAACAAUACCUACCCAAAACAAAUCAUCUAGGUACUAACAUCAUCGCUUAAAUCGUAAACCGCGGAUAAAUAUUAUUAGCAAUAGAAUAUUGUUGAUCAUAAUAGCAUGUAUACAUUAUUAUGAUAAUCGUGCGCACAUGUACAUUGAGUGCCGUUGCACACCCCGUGGCUCGUUUGCUGAAUAUGAAAUUUACUCAUUCUGGGCCUUAUAAAAUUAAAUGAUAACCCAUGAGGUUUACAAAAUUUUCAUUUCCAAUUAAAAAAACUGAUGAAUAAAAUCAACCGACAGCCAUUAACAGUGAUAUUAUUUAUCCUUGCUUUGGGUUCAAGGUUUAUGUCGUAAUAGUGAUAAUAUUAAUUUUCUAAAAUUCAUAUAAAAAAAGUGUAAAAUCAAUAAGCGAAUUCGAUUAUAGCCUGCCUGCUGCAUAGUUUUAGAUACUUUUCUCUGAAAUCUAGACUUUAAUAAAAAUAAAAAGUUGAAACGUCAAAAUUUCCAGACGAAAAAUCUUCAUAAAAUGGCCAUAUUCAAGUUUGCCGAAAGUAAUUAAAUAAAAAGUUUUUUUUAUUAGUUUUUUACUAAAACAUACAAAUUUAAUUCAAAUAUAAAUAUUUGUAGUUCUUAUCCCUGCGAUUGAACAGAACAGAAUUUGAUUAUCUUUAUUAUCUCAGGAGAUAUUGCAACUGGUAUAUUUUCACGGGACACUCUGUAUAGUAAUGUAUUCGUGAAACAUAGGUACCUAGGUAGUAAACAACAUGAUUUUCAAUGAAUUGAUAUUUUGCAUUAAUUAUCUUUUUUUGAAGGGCACACUUCAAGAAUAACGGCCCAUUUUCCUUAUGGCACCGUCCUGCGAAAAAAUCCUACGCACGCCAAUAUCAAUUAUAUUGAUAAGAUAUUCAAAAUAAAUAUAUGAAUAAAACAACGCGAUUUUGCAGUAUAAUCCGAUCACUAUUCGCACUUCUAAAAAAUGAUAUAUUAUUUGUUUAUGUAGGUAUUUACAAGUUACAAGAACUAAUACCACAAUAAUAUUACAUAAAAUGAUUAGGUUUCAUAAAAAGGAAAACGUAUCUGCUUAAGAACAAAGAUGAAAAAGUAUUUCAACAACGAGUAGGUACAUUAUAUCGCGUUACGAUUUAUGAAAUAAGGAAAUUAAUAUUAAUUUUCUAAGAACGUCAUUAUUAUUAACAUUGUUUAGUAGGCACCAAUAAAACAUAUUGUAUAAUGGUGUUGAGAAUGUAGGUAUCUAUUAUGUUAAAUAUUAUGUUGUAACAAUUAUUUUCCGCGUUAUAAUUAAUGUAUUUUAUUUAAUGUUGAUACGUUAAAAAUAUUCAGCAAUCGAUUAUAUUUCUUAAUAUAUUCUAAAUUUAUAACAGUAAUUAUAAUCUAUAUACUUAUAUUUAUGAUAACACCUAUUACGUAGCUAGGUGUACUGUAAAGUAUAGUCUUAUGUAUGAUGUUAUCACUGACUAAAAUAUGUAUGGUUAGCUCACUACAAUAGAGUAUUAUAACAUACAUAUAGAAUGAUAAUUAUAUACCUUUAAGUAUUUGUGCAUCGUAGUAUUGACACGCAUCUUAAACUUUAUGAAUGUCAUUAAAUUGAUGAACUUUGGCACAAUUAAUUUGAUAAUGCUGUGGUCUUAUAAAAUUUGUUAUGAUUUCUAAAUAUACUGUUUAAGACUGGGACUUGUUUGUCAUAGGCACAAAUAGAGGGGAGGCAUUUGCACUAAGCCCCCGCCCUUCCAAAAAAAAAAAAUUUCAAUAGCCUCUCCAAAACUCCCAAGUUUGUUUUCUACUUAUUGAAUUUUUAAAUAGUUUACGGUGCGGAGUAAAACAUUUGUUUGUAAUAAAAACACAAAUUAUAAACCAUCAAUUUACCAUUGGUGAAAAGUAAAUGACGAAAAUUAAAAAAAAAUAUAUUCAUGGUUUUACUCCAAUCAAACAAUAUACAAGUGAAAUAUCUCACUGUGCAUUCGUUUUUGUAUUUUAAGGAUAGCGUAAUUCAUUGGUUGAAUACAUUUUAUUUAUCACGAAUCAUUAUGUCGCAUAUAAUGUAUAAAUUAUAAUAUUAUUGUUCAUUCUAAUUUGUAAUUCUAAUAUAGGUACUAUAAAUAGGUCACGUGUUUAAUAAUAGGUUUUAAUAAUUACCCAUUAUACCCAAUAAUGGGUUCUCAGUCUCGCUGAGUGUAAAGUGGGCCGUGUAUUUUGGAGAAAUUAAAGAUACCCUCGUUCAAUGAAAAACGAAUAUCCGUGGAAUUCAAAUUAAACUACAGUCAGUGGCGUCAAUUCAGUUUUUGAUUGGGGGACGGCAAAAGUUUUGACCGGCCCAUAGUAAAAUUGAAAAAAAAAACCGAUCUCUCCGCUCGCUAACUUAUUCAUCACAAUUACAUUUUUAUCUCAAUACAAAUGCCCUUUUUACAUUGUGAUACACAUUAAUAACCCAUUAUUUUGAAGAACAACAAUGAUAAUAUAUCUAUACAUGUAGAGGGUUACCUAAACAACCUAUUAACUAUAUGAAAAGUUAGUUUGAGGAGCAUUAUACCACAAUUUAGGUCCUACUUUCGCCAUUAUGUAUGGAGUAUAAAAUAUGUACCUAUGAUAAAAUCAUAAAACACAAUGACAUGAAUUAUAUUUGUGGGCUUGUGGCAAAGAUUAGCCCGCUGAUGACAAGGGGGGUGCAAGUGCCUCCCUUGCCCUUCCCAAUUCGUUUACGUAUUUAUUACUUCCACUUUUUUUUUCAUUGAAUAACUAGGGCUUUAAACACCCCACCCCCAAAUCUCGAAUCCUAUGCUAGUUAUGUUAUACAACUUGUUGCAUUCCCACCGCGAUCAAAAAUCGGUCAAACGUUGUUACAACAUUUGACAAGUCGGCAAUAUCGCAUUUAAAAUCAGAUGUGAAAUCGUUUGUUACCGAAAAAUAUAAAAUAUACGAAAAUUAGGUAGAUACUUGUAUGUUUGUCGCUCUGCCACAUAUUAUAUAAUUUACCGCCACUGGUCGUCAUUUCCGAAGUACAAUAAACGUAAUUAAAUAUUAUCCAAUGUCAAUUUUGUACACUGUAACCUACCCGAGAUUUUUCAUAACAAAUCGAUGGACAAUUUUGUUUAUAAAGGGCAGGGCUUCGCACCAGAACUAUUUAUUCAGGUUUUAGGUUUCGGGUCUUGAAAAAAAACCAAUGGUGUGAUAGCGUGUACAUGUGGAGGUAUAGUCAUUAAUAUAAACAAAGACAGCGAGUCACGUAUAACAUUUUGGCCAUAAGUACCCGGUCGUAUACCCUCUAACUUCACUUUAACUUAAUGUACAUAAAUGUAAAUGGUUUGCCCUUGAAUGAAUGGAAUGCUGAAAAAAAUAUAAAAUGUUGGCUAGUCAAUCAUAGUACUGCCAAUGACGAAAGGUCCAGAAUGGCCAACGCUACCACUACUAUUAAUUCAAUAAAGAAAAAAAAAUUCAUAAUUUGUAUACAAAUAUUUUUUUUCUGGGGGGAUAAUACUUUAGGGAGGUCAUCUAUUUAAUUUUCCCAGGAGUUUCCUCAUAAAUAGGAAAAAACGGGAAAAGGUACGAAAUGUAAGCAUUAAUAAAAAAAAUAUUAUGGACUUAACAGAAAUUCUUGAAAAUUUAUCAAGGGUUUCUUUAAAUGUCGUGAUUUGUGAUAAGAAAAAAAAAAUUGAGUGUAAUGUAGAAUUUUUUUUAUAAAGUAAUUUUAGUAUCAAAUUUUUACACUACUCGUUUGAGUAAAAAAUUAUGUGGAACAAGGACUGGUCAAUGCAAAUUUGUAUUUAUUUUUUUUUCGUUUGAUCAUAUAUUUACCUAUUGCCGAUUAAAAACAAUGGUGAAGUCAAAAUUGAGCGAACCGACUUGCUUUCGAAAUCACAGCUCAUUGAAGUUCUAAUAUUAUGUGGAUAUUAUAUAUGUGUUAUGUAAAAUAACUCAAUAAUGUCAAUAUUUUUAGUACGUCCAUCGUAGUCUAAUGGUGGUUCAAGUCGCGAGUUCAAAUCUGAGGUUCGAACAUUUUAUUUUGUAAAAUCACGUCGGGUAGAUAACAGGAAAAAACAAAUGUUUUUUGUUUCAAAAAAUAAAAUUGGGUGUAAUGUAGUUUUUUUUUUUACAUAUGAGUUUUAAAAUACAAUUUUUACGAAAAUCUUAAUUAUUACGGCCUUUAAAUACUUGUACAACCGAACUUCGAUUCGAAUUGUUUUUCGUUAUCAAUGGUUUAACUAUGGUUACAGGUAUAAAUUAAAUAACUUUAUGUAUCCCACUUUUCCUACUACCCACAUACAAUAGUGGCCGCACCUGUAACCAAUAUUAGCUCUUUUUAAUUAUUAUUCAGAUUCCAAGUAAAUUUCUAUAAUUAUAUCUAUCGUAUUAUAAUAUAAUUUAAUAUUCUAGUUUAACCAGUUAUCGUAAAUUUGUUAGAACUAUUAGCCACGAUCGGAAUUUCUUGUUUUAUUUCAAUUGAACACUUGGUAUUUGAAUUUGAAUUUUUUUAACCUAAAAAAACUUGUUUUUAAUUUCUACACGUAACUAACAUACUGGUUUUUUCCUUGUACUUCAAGCGUUUUAAUUUAUAUUUAAUGCCAAUAAAAUUUCCAAUUCUAAAUACAUGAAAUGUGUAUUUUGUUAGGUUAACUUUUUAAAUAUAUUAUACGGAUCAAAAGCGGAUGCUUUCAUCGACCCCCCUCCCUCACGUAAUCACACCCUACGGCGCAGAUUUCAACGUACUACAUUUACAAUAGAAAAAUUUCACAUUUAUAUCAAACUAUUUUGACCACUUAGAGUAAGUACAUUAUACUUUCGAAUAUCGAUUGUUCGCUGGCAUGUACAUACAAAAAAUAUUAUUUAUGUACAUCGUUCGACUCCACAUAUCGGUCGAAUUUAAAUAAAAAUAAAAGAUGUUUUCAUUAUAAUUUUAGAUUCUGAGUGCAACGUAGGGUAAUAUAUUAGUUUUAUAAAGAUGUUUAUAUUUCUAUCUUUUUUUUUUUUUAUGUGAACACUUUUUCAACCAGAAAGCUUACUCCGAUGUAUACGAGAAUAGGUACUUAGAUAUUUCAAUUUUCAUUUAAACUUAUAUUAAUAGGUAUGAGAAUACGGAAAAGGUAUAUGAAAGAUUAACUAAGCAAAGCAAUUGGUAUAUAAAAUUAAUGCGUACAUAAUAUAGGUAAUUCAAUAGUUAUGUUAGAAUAAUUAAUUAUUUUGGUUUUACUUUUAAUAAUUAAUAAUCAUUUAAUUUAUAUGUAAAAGUAUUUACAUUAUAUUUAUAUUAUAUUAUCCAGGCCAUGCCUGAUAUUCUUAAAUAAUUCAUUAAUUAAAAAGCGUUAAAAAAGUUUAACAAUUAAUAUACAAAUCAAUAUUUUAAAUUAACAGUUUACAAAUUAUUAAUUGUAUACGUCUUAUACCUGUAAGUGUACUUCUCGAUGUAUGAUAGGUAUUAUUAGUUAAUACGAUAAGCCAUUGAUAAAUUAAAAAACUAUUCGAAGUAAAGUUUGGUUAUACAUAUUUUGGAAAGUUGUAAUAUUUUCGUCAAAAUUUGAAAUUAAAACUAUUAUAAAAAAAAAUAUUAUUUUACACUCUACAAUUUUUUUUUUUUUACCACAAAGUACAACUGUAAUGAAUCUCUUAAUAAAUUGUUGAGCAUUUCUAUUGGGUCAAACAAUUUUAUCCACCGAAUACCUACCAAAUAAAACAAAACUCGCAACAUUUAAAUGUCUAUAAAUAGUUUAAAAUUAGUCUAGAACAGCAUUUCCCAAACGGUGUGCCGUGUGCACUCCAUAGGUGUGCCGCGAAAUAUUACUAUGGUGCCACACAAUGAUAAUUUAAUGCCACCCAAUGAUGGGUGACUGUGCCACCACAGCGAAGAACGACAGGUACCACCGAAUAACACAUUUUCAAGUCAAAACUAUUAUUAAGAAAAUUAAAAGUAACUUUGUAGGUAUAAAGUUUUAGCUAAACCAGUAGCUCUAUGUAUGUAAGCAGUACUUGGGCCACGACAAAAUCAGAUGAAAAAAAAUUAGAAGUGUUCAAAAGAAAGAUAUUGAGAAAAAUAUUCUACCCAAAGAAAAACAAUGAAGGAGAAUAUAAAACACGAAGUAAUAAAAAUCUGGAAGAACUAUAUCACGAACGGAGAUCCAAAGGACUUAUUGUCAAAUAACCACGUGGAAACCAAACACAAAAAGACCCAGACAAAGAUGGCCAGACAGAGACAAGAAGAUCUAAAGAUAUUGGAAGUAAGGAACGCAGAUGAAACGGCAAGGAACAGGGAGAAGUGUAAACGGUAUGUUGUUGUGGCAAUGAGCCUGAAAGACACGUAAAAAGCCAAAGAAGAAGAAAAAAUGACCACCAACUCUUGAUUUCCUAUGGUAACCUAUAUUAAAAGUACCAUAUAUAGAUGGAGUAUUAGUUUGAGUAAAUUUCGGUAUUAAAAUGUUUGAUACCCGUUAACCCGUUCGUGAGAUAUUCCGCUUUUAAAUUUAGGUAGAGGGACAUUGGCAUUACAACUACUUUCACUAUAUAUCCACAGUAUGAAUAUAGUUAAUUUGUAUGCACACACAGACAAUACAUAAUAUAUACGAGGUAUAAACAUGGUGAUCCAUUUAUCAUGAACCAUAGAUUCGUUUCAAUUGAAAAAAGACGAACAUACUUCGUACGUGGGUGGGGCACUGUUGUAGGUGAGAAGUUAGGAAGGUAGAAGAAAAACUUAAUGUAUAUCAGUACGCAACAAUUAAUUAUUGCUAACGAAAAACGAUUCUGAGCGGAGUUAGGUUUAUAGUGUUGCUUUGUCAACAAUAUAUAUAUAUGUGAUAUUAUGUUAAAAUAAUUAUAUAUGCUUUAUUAUGCAGGGGUGUCCAACCCGCGGUCUACGGGCUGCAUACGACCCACGGUAGAUUUUAAUGUGGCCCUCGCUUCAAUUUCAAAAUCAUCAAUUAAUUAUGUAUAAUAUUAUGAGAAAAAAUGUAUUUUAAAACGACAAAAUAUUAAAAAUUAAAUAAACUUUAAAUUACUAAUUAAUAGUAUAUACUAUUAUAUGAAAGUCUUUAAGUUUUAAGUUGGAAUCCAAUAGCGAUAAGGAAACUAUUGUAGGUAACUAAAAUAACAAUACAAUUAUUUUAAAAUUGUUCUUUUUUUAAUUAUAAAUAAAAUUGUAUUUCUUUAUAAUUAUAAGUAAAAUGUAAUAGCUCGUAAAAAUUAUUUCUACUCGUUAUUCGCUAUGGUAACAUUAUAAAUAAAAUGUAUUGUUAAAUACUAAAAUGUAUCUGACCCACAACGACUUCUACAUGCAUGAUGUGAUUCAGUCUUCAAAAAAGGUUGGACGUCCCAGUUUAUACAUUUUCUUGAAUUAUAUUUGAUUAAUAUUGUACCUAUUUUCCCGUUUUGUCCUGGUUUUUACCUUGUUUUUUUCAAUAUACUUGGGAAACACCUGGAAAAAUCAAAAAUUGACCUCCCUAAAGUACCACCUCAGUCAGAUUCCUUUCAGAAAAGAUGCUAUACAUAAUAUUAUGGAACAAGAUUUCUGAUGGAAUUUUUGUACAUAAUAUAAAAAUAAAAAAAAUAAAUAUACAUCUUUGUAAAUCCAUUAAAUUCUUUGCAACACUAAAACAAAAUUAAAAAUAAUAAAAGCAUUAUUAUCGUAAAUUUUCUUGUUUUUCAACGUUUUUUUUCGGUUUUCCUCAAUUAUUAAAAAAACUACGGGGAAAAUCAAAAAACAACUUUCUUAUUCGCCAACUAAAUUAAAAAUUGAAUAAAAAAGGUCUCUUUUCGUUUUUCUAUUGGAGCAAUAUAUCUGGUAAAAAAGUAAAAAAUAAUUUUCAAAAAUCUCAAUAAUAGUUAUCAAGUUACAUGAAUAAAUCUAAAUAUAUACCUGCGUUAAAAAUAAACGAAAACAUAUUUUAUUUAAACGGUCUUAUUUUUUCUAUUUUACGAACUUUCCCACAAUAUUCACGAUUUUUACGGAAUCUAUACAAUAUACACACAACCAACAGAAAUAUUCUUCCAAAAGCGACUACAAAAAAAAAAAAAAAAAAAAAACUUAGAGCUCCAUAAUCUAAAAACACUCGUAAAACCGCGUAUAAAUCUGGAUCCGAUUAGGGCCUAUAACAUCUACAAUUUGUGUUUUUAUUUUCUUGUGCUAGAGGGACGUAUCUCGAUUAAUAAAAUUACAAGAAAUACAUAGGCCAAUGUCGAAAAAAUAUACAUACAGGUACGCCAAUCCGGCUUAGGUCUAUAUUGAAGUAACGUAAUUCGAGAAACCGAGUUUGGCUCUUUUUUUUACCCAGGAUCCAAAACUAUCAAUUGCUUCUCGUGUAUAUUAUAUAAUUAUUAUAAUAUACCGUCAAAACUUACCUGAUUGGGUUUUCAACGCCAUUGCGGACGCCAAAAAUAACAAUGCCGGUUAAAACAAUAUAAUAUUUAUAAGUAUUAUUAGGAUUUCCACUGUUUAAUGGACACACUGAAACAUAAUAUAUUAUUAUUCGGGGAGAAGGGGGGGAGAAAAAAAAGUUUUUUAAAAAAAAAUUAAAAUUUACACCGCGGAGUACGUCACACGCUCGCGCGGCUUCAAUACUACGCGUUCGAAAAUAGCAACAGACACCAGAUAACCGCGGGACAGUGUUCGAUAAAAAUGA